GUGUGCUUUUCAUUAACUCGUCUCGCCGCUGACCCGCUGCCCCAUGUGUGCAGUAAUGUGAAACCAAAGUUGUGGAACAGAGUGGAGCAGAUCAGUCUGCUCUCAGCGCAGCCAGCACUGGUCCGAGCAGCAUCCAACUCCUCCGCGCCAUGGGCAACAAGUAGCCAACCCUGCGUCCCCUGCGCACUGAAGCUGUGUGGCUCUAGAGGGACUGUUGCAGUGUGUGGAGCAGUUGUGAUGGCCAUGGAGAGUCCUGAGACAGACAGGCGAUCGCAUAGAGCGGAGCGCGCCUCUGUGCUGGCCGCACUGCUAAGCCUGCUGUGCGCCGGGACGCACGGAGCUGCCGUCCUCUCCUGGACCAGCGAGGAAGAACCUUACACCACUUCCCUGCUCAUUGGGAUCCGCAAAGAGGCCCGCUCCCAAGUGCUCCAUCUCUCUCGGAACAAGCGCUAUACCCUGACACCCGAGCAGCUCAAGUGGGACAAGUUCAAGCUCACUUACAAGCUGCUCUCCUUCCCCACAAACCUGAUCAAUGCCAGCGACACGCGCCGGGGCAUCGCCAGAGCGUUUGGCAUGUGGAGCGACGUGUCCCCCUUCACCUUCAGAGAGGUGCCUGCCGACCAGGAUGCAGACAUCAAGAUCGGCUUCUACCCUGUCAACCACACAGACUGUCUUCAGUCCUACCUGCACCACUGCUUUGACGGCAUCACCGGAGAGCUGGCACAUGCCUUCUUCCCUCCCACAGGAGAGAUCCACUUUGAUGACCACGAGUACUGGAUUCUAGGAAAUAUGCGUUUCAGCUGGAAAAAAGGGGUGUGGUUGACUGACCUGGUCCAUGUAGCAACUCAUGAGAUUGGACACGCUCUGGGACUCAUGCACUCCAUGGACUCCAAAGCCAUUAUGCAUCUGAACGCCACUCUGACGGGGCGCAAACUCAUCACCCAGGAUGAGGUGUGGGGUCUGCAUCGCCUCUAUGGAUGCCUGGACCGUUUAUUCAUCUGCGAGGCCUGGGCUAAGAAAGGCUACUGCGACAGCAAGCGCAGGCUCAUGCAGAAGCACUGUCCCUCCAGCUGUGAUUUCUGUUAUGAAUUCCCUUUCCCAACGGUGGCUCCGACACCAACUCCUCCCAGGACCAAACACAAACUGGUGGUGGAGGGAAAGAAGCUCACAUUCCGCUGUGGGAAGAAAAUAGCAUCAAAGAAAGGCAAAGUACACUGGUACAAGGACGGGGAGCUGCUCGAGUACUCCCAUCCCAACUACAUCUCUCUGGAGGACGAUCACAUCACCAUUGUGGCCAAUGCCAUUAAUGAGGGCCUAUACACCUGUGUGGUGCGCAAGAAGAGCCGGGUGCUCACUACAUACUCCUGGAGGGUCCGAGUGCGCUUCUGAAUCGACAGCUUCCUCAAAAGGGCACAUCAUUCUUUUUAUCGUUUUGUCUAAUGACCACAACUAUUGACACCUGUAAAGGCUUUUCACUUUUGCAACUAAUAAAUGUAUUUUUGU